UGUCUGGAGGAACUGAACAUCAUGCCUCAAAUCAAACGACUUGGAGGCAGUAGCGCUGGAGCUUUGACCGCUGCUCUGGUAGCCCUCGGCUACACUUCGGAAGAUAUCCGAGAGUUCAUGACAGAGAACAUUGAGAAAGUCUUACUGGAUCACAUGUGUGGAUGCUUAAGUUUGCUGCCAAAUCUCUUCCGGAGAUGGGGUUGGAACCCCGGAGACAGGAUUUACGAGUGGCUAGGAGAUAAAAUCAAAGCAAAAACUGAAUCUAAAAAUCCAGAUUUAACUUUCUUUGAGCUUUAUCAAGAAAAAGGUAUCGAACUCUGUGUUGUGGUGACCAACCUAAACCAGAUGAGAUCGGAAUACUGCCACCCCAAGACAACUCCAGACAUGACCAUCAGGGAAGCACUGCGCAUGACCAUAUCUAUCCCAGGUAUAUUCAUGGCAAGGUUCUAUGACAACUAUGGCCAAAGAGACACGUACGUGGACGGUGGGGUUUUGUGCAACUAUCCCAUACAUUGUUUUGAUGGCUGGUACUUGUCUAUGGAAAAAGACGAUGCAUUUCUUCUACGAAUGCAGAACCUGCGCGAGCUGCCCAGGACGUGUUCAGUGAAAAAUACUUUUGACAGCCUUAACAUCAAGACUCUGGGAUUUUUGUUGUAUGACGACACUGAGAAUGAGAUAAUGAGAUACAGCCUGGAGCAGAGAAUUGGAUCCUUAACCCCAGAUGAACCUAUCAGGUGUACCAAACUGUACAGAAAACUCCGCAAGACGGAAAUCAAAAACGAAUUUGAACGAGAGCACAGCCGAUGUCUGAAGGCGGCGGAGUCAUUCAUGAGGGCACUCUACAAGCAUAAUCUGCAUGGUCAAGUGGUUAUCUCAAAACAACAACUGAAAGAUGCCUUAGAAGAUGAAUCCGUCUUCCCACGAGAAGACAAAGAACUCCUGUUUGGAAUCAACAUUUCAGUGGAUGACGCCUUUGAAAUCCUAGACAAGGAUUCUAACGGACAGUCUUAUUCCGUUUGGCAGAAUCGAAUCCAUGGAUAUGAGAGGAUGGAGAUAUCCAGUUUGCUAGAUUUUGUUUUUGCUCUACAGAAGGCUUGGCUGAUUAACAUGAAGAAAGUCUAUGCCGUGGAUGGGGACAUCAACAGGACAGUGGGCAUCAACACGGGACACAUCGGAACCUCCAACUACAUCUUGGAAGACGAGGACCGGGACUUCCUUGUGAAGGUACUGGAUUUUCUUCUCCUGUUAAGUCUGUGGUUAACCACGACUGGCUUUAGCUGA